ACACUAUUUUUUUUAAAAAAAAGAAACCUACUACCUCACUGCACCACACUGUGUCUAUCUGUUAACUUUGAAAUUUUCAUCAGUUUAACAAAAUGCCUAUUAAAAAUCUAUUAUAUCGCUUUCAACCGGCCCCCUUGUACAUUGUUUUGAUUCUAUCGAUUUGUUACUUCAGCGUCCAAUUGAUUUUAAGUCAUUUAACACACGCACUCACCUUGUUAAUGGCUUCAUAUCACAUGUUGUGUAAUAUUUUUGCAUUGGCCGGCAGUAUUAUAACCAUUAAGCACAAUGAAUUACACAAUGAACAAGAACUGUCUAGUCCCCUGUUAACCAAAGAAAAACAAAAAGCCAUACUCGGCGUUACAUAUCCCAAUGAUCCCAAUAUACCCAAGUAUCCACCAGUAACCAGUCCGGAAUUCAAAACCCGCAACACCUUUGGCUGGGCCCGCAUAGAGAUUCUCACAAUGUUGAUUGUUUGCAUUACCUUGGCCUCUUUAUCGUUUUCCUUAUUGGUGGAGGCUUUACAGACUUUGGUACACAUCGAUCAUCAAGAUUCCAUGCAUUUGCCAUUCCAUGUUAUGAUUUUGGGUUUUGUGGGUUUGCUGUUGAAUGGUUUCACCUAUUAUAUAAUUGGCGGUUAUACUUUGCAUCAAGGCAGUUUCUUGCACAUUAAUCCCACCGAUGGCAAAGUGAUUGUGGAGCCCAGUAACAUUACCAUAGACAGUGACGCCAAUGUAUUGGCUGUGCAGGAUAAUUCGAAAAAUGAUCAUCAUUUGAAGGAGGAUUUGAAAUCGGAAUUGGGCAAAGUUCAUUAUAAAACGAGACGAGAGGGUCCCGCUGAAUUGUUGCGUGAUGUUAGCAGCACCAUAUUUGUGAUUGUUUGCGCUGUUAUUGUUCAUUUUGCCAAGGAUAAGGAACAUACUGCCAAGUUUAUUGAUCCGGUUUUGUCGAUAUUUUCAUGUGUGCUAGUGGUGGCUCUAAGUUAUCCCUACAUGAAAGAGGCCUGUCUUAUACUGCUACAAACGAUUCCUGGCAACAUUGAUAUGGAGAACUUUGAGAGUACAUUGGUUAAGAAAUUCCCACAAAUUGUCAGCUAUCAUGACCUACACAUAUGGCAGCUGUCGUCACACAAAUACAUUGCCACCGUACACAUUAUCUUUCAAAAUCCCAAAAUGUAUGCUAACACUCUUGAUGAGGUGCGUCAACAUUUUCAUGAUCACAGCAUUACCAAUGUAACAAUACAACCAGAAUUUUACACUGAAAAUACCGUAAACUCAUCAACCGAAUGUUUGGUGCAAUGUACACGGCCUGAAUGUUUGGACAAGGUCUGCUGUAAGGAUUCCAUAACAGAUCUGAGAGAAGUAAGUGUGUGUUCGGGUACUGAUGGACAUGAUCAUGAGCAUGAUCACGAACAUGACCAUGAUCAUGGCAAGAAAACUAAAAAAAUUAAGGAUCACGGUCAUGAUCAUUCCCAUUCGCACAAACAUGGACAUGGACACGGCCAUGGUCACAGUCACAAACAUGACCACAGUAAUGACAAACAUAGUCAUAAUCACAAACACACAAACGUUCACGCAAAACAAAUAAAAGAAGUUCCUAAAGAAAAUUCAAUCACAGAAACGUCACAAAUAAACGAAACACAACCAGAAACGGUUAAAGCUGCCACCAACAGUAUUCCAGCCACUUUAGAUGUGACCGUCAACCAUACAGCUGAAGCUUCUGCUGAAAGUGAAAUGUCUGUAACCUCAAAAAUCCCUGAAAAGACUGAAACAUUAGAACUAAGUCAAGCCAAGGACAGUCAGGAGCCGCCAGCUCCAAGUGAUAAUGUGGCAGUUAAGGAUUGUUGUAAAGAUAAUACCAAAUGUUAAGCAUUUUAAAACAUCAACACCAUUUAAUCACAAUUCUUUUUUUAUUAUUUUUAACCGUU